AUGCUCGCAGGCAUGAUGUCAUCAUCAGCGGAGUCCAACAAAAGAGAAAGAGGGCAGUCGAUCGUCGUGAGGGAGAUUCGCAGUCCAAGUGCAGGCGGCGGUCGCGCUGGAGGGGACAUUUCCGAGAUUGCAUUUUCAGCCGACGGUGCUCAUCUCCUCACCGGAGCGAAAAACUUUGCCGUUCGUAUCUGGGGUACGCGCUCCGGCGAGGUGGAGCUGCUCGCACCACCUUUGGCGGGGUCCAACGAAGACGGAGGUUACCACGCUGGGCACUUGAGCUGCGACAUCGUCCUGCACCACCCAUCCAGGGGCAUGCUCAUGUUUUGGUGUGCGAAAGACUUCACCUGCAAGAGGACCAUCCGGAGCACCUUCGGGGUAAAGAUUCUUAUGGUGUCCGCAAGAGGAAAGUUCGUCUUCGUCGCGGGGGAGCAAGGCGGUGGCGGCGGUCGUAGGAAGAAGCAGCGCGCGGUCGUCGCCGUGUGGGACGGUCGCAAGCGCGGCAAGAUUUAUCCCGGGUUCGGCGGAGAGAGAGACCCCACGCGGCUGCUGACGGGGCACGGAAGGCCAAUUCGAUCUCUCUACACACCACACAACCCAGAUGUCCUGGUUACGACGGCGCUCGACGCGACGGUCAAAAUUUGGGACGUCCCAACCGGCACGUGCACAAAGACGAUCUGGAGCAAAGGGGGGCUGCAAUCGCCGCUCUCGAAUGCGGGUCUGGUGAAUCACGGCGCUUGGCUUCUGACGUCUUACGACGAUGGAUCUCUUCAGACAACAGGUCAGGUGUGGAUAAUCCAAACUGGUAAGUGCCUCCUAACGUUGGUCAACGCAGCAGCAGCAGCAGCAGCUGCCGACGGGGUGGCGGUUUUGCCAAGACCUGGCGCGGCGCGCCUGGCCGUAUCCCGUUGCGGCAGGUAUUGAUCGUCAUCGACGACAAAGAUUGCUGCGUACAGUCACUUCCCUCACACAGCGCUCUAUUGGUAUUAUUCGCGACUAGUAUAAUUACCAAAGGACGCAUUUAUGUAUCAAAACGUGCCUGCCUGCCUUCGGGAACGCGCUGACUGUGCAUCACGCCGCCGUUUAUGGCGAUUUUACAGCAAGCAAGUAUCGCCCCGCCUCAACCUUCCUACGCGUGCUGGCAUUCGACAUUCAACGCGUGCCAAUUUUAAACAAACACAGAAUACAAGCAACAACAUUAAAGCGUACCCUACGCGAGUAAACGCCAGGAUACACCGUGCGUGUUAAGCCUAAACUACCUCGUUUCAUCCGAUGCCUCACAAUACUGGUUCACGCAACUUCAAGUACAAAAGUAGCGUGCGCACCACCAAGUGCAGGAGCAUAUGACACUAUGUAUGCUCGUCUCUCAAGUCGGUGCCUCUUCUGGCCAGCUGUUCCUUCAAACUUACCUACCAGGACACUUGGUGACCCUUUCGCUUGGCUCAAAGGCGUGGGGGACGCCCACCCGGUCUCUAGCCAAGCGCCCCGCCUUCUAGGCUGUUUUUUCCGCUAUGGUACUUGCUUCCUUCCUUCGUCGGGAACAUGGUCCCACACACGCACACGCGGAUCCUCAUCCCGCCCCCCCCUCACAUGGCAUCACGGCAAUGCUCCUGUCCCUGGAAAAGUCCCACCCGCCACGUGCCUCUCUCGUGGUGGCAUGUCAACCCGCGCGAGACUGCCCGACACCGACAAAGAUCUACUCCUGCUUAAAAAAUAUGCCGAGAUUGUCGCUGCUCCGCGCCUCCAUCUCAACGGAUGGACGGGCGACGGUGCCCUGAUUCUGAAUACAUGAAAAGAGGGUUUGGCGAAAACAUGUACUUGGUACAAACAACGAAGACAACAUGAAACGUCAACACAACAACAGGCCUGCUUGCCCCUCUCGGCCACCAACCCGAACCAAGCCUUCCUCGCUCGUAUCACCUACAUGUGUAUAUGCCGUGCUUACACAGCCAUGCAUUCGACUCCGUGCGUCGUUCCUCACCUUUGUUCACACAUACUUCGUAUACACUACACGCCGCCCGAUAUCUUGUCUCGUCUCCCUACAAUUUACAAGCAGCCUCGUCUCUUUGGUGCUUCAUCACGCACCCACAAACACCGGAUCAUCACCAGCAAAAAUGUCUGUUCGUACAACAUAGGUUGUUCAAGAGACUCAAACAUACAUGUACACCAAUCACCUACAAGCGCCGAACUCCCUACGGCCUCCUUCUCUAUUGAUCACGCUACCUCACGCUUCCCGACAGUCACAGCCGUGCAUUUCAACU